CAUACAAAAAGUUGGUCAUCCAAUACGCGAAUAGGGCUAUAAAUAGCUAGCUUUUCCCACAUUACCUUCACACCAAAUCCCUUUAUCGAAGUUUCAAGAUAAAGAUGAUUGAAAUUUUUGUUCUCUUGGCUCUUCUAUCAUUCACUUCCGAUGCGGCAGUCAAUGAUUUCUGUGUAGCAGACUUAAAGGGUCCAGAUAGUCCUUCAGGUUAUCAGUGCAAGCCACCGAAAUCCGUCACAGUGGAUGACUUUGUGUUUUCUGGCUUUGUAGCUGGAAACACCACAAACAUUUUCCGUGCUGCAUUAACCUCUGCAGUUGUCACUGAUUUUCCAGGUGUGAAUGGUCUUGGUGUUUCCGCAGCACGGUUAGACAUAGAAAAAGGUGGAUCAGUCCCAAUGCACACACACUCUGGUGCCACUGAACUUUUGAUAAUGGUGAAAGGUCAAAUCACAGCUGGUUUUAUGACACCAUUUGCAGUUUAUACGAAGACACUGAAACCAGGAGAUGUUAUGGUUUUCCCACAAGGGCAACUGCAUUUUCAAGUGAAUUCUGGAAAGAGAAAAGCCACUGCUUUUCUGGCUUUCAGUAGCGCAAACCCUGGAGUACAAUUGCUUGACCUUAUAUUGUUUGGUAACGACUUACCUUCUGCCUUGAUUGCAGAAACGACCUUCCUUGAAAUUGGCCAAGUGAAGAAGGUUAAGGGACGAUUCGGUGGCAGAGGCUAGGGAUGCUUAUGAAUCAAAUCACCCUUCGUCUUUGUUCUUCCAACUACAAGUAUAGUAAAUUUGUUUGUAUGAGUGUUUUCUUGUAUAUUUAUAUUUGAU